AUGUUUUCUUCCCGGCUCUUGCUCCUAGCAAAUGGCAUAGCGGGUGCUUCGGCUUUCGUGUUGCCACUUUUGGAGCAGAAUCCGAUGACUAUUGGAAAUCCGAGUGUUGAUUUUAAAUGCGAUUUACCCCCUGUUCUUGACCCUGCCAAUGAUGGGUUACCGUCGGCAUUGAGCCUAUUUUCGUCAGAUGAGGCAUUGGAACGACAGGUGAAACGUCACCAGGCAAUUGUGCAAGUUCCAUCGGUUUCAUAUGAUGAUUUGGGCGAGAUAGGGGAGGAUGAGCGAUGGAAUCCCUUCUACAAGCUUUUCCCGGCUCUUCAAAACUCAUAUCCUACAAUCCAUAAGCGCGCAAAGCUGGAGAAGAUAAAUAUUUUUGGGCUGCUCUACACACUAGAAGGCUCUGAUCCUUCUCUGAAGCCGACUCUUCUUACUGCCCAUCAGGACGUGGUACCUGUUGCUGAUGCAUCCACAUGGAAAUACCCACCUUUCGAGGCUCAUUUUGAUGGCGAGUAUAUCUGGGGACGAGGUGCAUCCGACGACAAGAACAGUCUCACAGCCAUCCUCUCCGCUGUCGAGGGUCUUCUUUCUGAGUCUGACUGGAAGCCAAGGCGAACUCUCCUCCUGGCUUUCGGGUUUGACGAGGAAGUCGGUCUGAAUAAAGGUGCUGGGCCGAUCAGUGAGAUUCUUAAGGAGAGAUAUGGUGAAGACAGCGUUGCUAUCAUCCUUGAUGAGGGUGGUUUCGGCUCGGGACCUCUCGAUGGAAAUACUGUAUAUGUCCACCCUGCAAUCACCGAGAAGGGUCAUGCCAAUCUCUUCUUCGAGCUCCAUGCCAAGGGUGGCCACAGUUCUGUCCCCCUGCCGCAUACGGGUAUCGGCAUCGUUUCUGAGAUCGUUGUCGCGCUUGAAUCUAAUCCGUAUGAGCCUAAAAUCAUCGAGAACGGCCCCAUUCACAAACGAUUAAUUUGUCAAGCGCGAUACUCUCCUAAUACUCAGCCCGAGAUCGAAAAGUUAUUACGGAAUAAUGACUUUGAUGGGCUCGCAGUUGAAUUUGCUAAAUCGAGCCCUUUUAACCGGUUUGUUGUUCAAACAUCGCAGGCUAUUGAUCUGAUUACGGGCGGAGUGAAGAUCAAUGCCAUGCCAGAGGUCGUUACCCUGGCUGUUAACUAUCGCGUUGCCCACCAUGAAAAACCGGUACAGGUUCAAUACAAGGCUAUUCAAGUAAUUGCGGACGUUGUCAAGAAGUAUGGCCUUCGAGUGGACGCAUUCACUGGCGACAAAGAAUAUCACGAUUAUGUCGCAGGUCUUCAUUCCAGUGAUAUGCUUUAUCAUAGCGAUCUAAAACGCCAGGAUAAUGUUGACUACAACGGAACUCUUGUCAUCAGGGCCACAAAGGCCGGAGCCGCACCGGUGUCUCCUGCUAGUGGCCCCGUGUGGGAUAUCUUUUCGGGAACAAUUCGGCAUGCCUUUGCGUCGGAAGAUAAGAUUGUCGUGCCAGUGGGAGACAUUAUGACAGGUGGUACUGACACUAGAUAUUAUCUCAGCCUUACCCGCAACGUCUUUAGAUGGACUCCAGCUAUUGGUCGGGGACUAGACAAUAUUCAUACUGUCGAUGAGCAUAUAAGCAUUUUUGAUCACCUGAAUGCCGUCAGAUUCUACUAUGACUUCAUUCGCAACUUCGAUGCUGCAGAUGUAUAA